AUGGGGUCGAAUCAACGGGCGCUCGAGGAUUGCUGGCGAUCGACUCAGGUAAAGAAUCACGAUACUGACGACGCCGUGGCAACGCCCGAUUUCGCUCUCCGUCAGCACUUCCGCACGGGCUCGGUGCCCUUGAGGUUGGACGAGAAGCAGAUGGCAAAGGGAGGAUUUGAUCGGAGGUCUUGUUGA